CAACGGGGACAGCAAAGGCUCCUGGGGAGACACCGAGGACUCGUAUGGCCACAGCGGCCCUGUCAACAAACCCAAAUCGGUGAGUUCGCCUUCUGUGCCUCUCGACUGCUAAACUACUCUUCAGAAGCAGACGACUGGCACCAGCUGCAUGUGGAGAGGAGGGCGAGAUGUUGGAGCCAUUUCUAUCGGAAUGACGUUUACACUGAGCACCUGCAUGCAGAUGGACUGACCUCUUGUCACCACACACCUCUAACUGAGUUCCCUGUACCUUUUCCCACCUUGCACAUCAGUAACUGGGACAACGAUGAGUUCUGUGUGCACUAGCGCUUAUUCCAUUUCUGCUUCUGUUUACAGCUUGUCAUAAAUUGUCCUGAGGGGACAAUGACAGGGAUUUGUGAUGAUUAAAAUAAGGAUUCCAUGAUCCGUGCCUUUGCCGAAAAGCGAUUGGCUGUCGGAUGUCCUUGCUGCUGUGUAUGCCAGUUUCUGACUGGAGGUCUGGUGAUGUUUUCUUGGAAUCGAUGCUGACAGGCGGCUCCGAGGACAGGGCAGCAGUGCCUGUUAAACAAGGUCUAUAAGUGGCGGGGGAUAAUUCUACUUGAGCCGCAUCAGGUGCAGCUUUAUUUCAGCUGCUGUUAGCUUAGCCAGAGUGCAUACAGCGUACCGAAUGGGACUACAUUCGAUUGAAACAGACCGUGGCAAGCAAUGGAAAAUAAAACCCAUAAUUUUCAAUUUUUUUGACACGUUCAUGAACAUUUUCAUUUUUAUUUCAUCCCACUGAAGAUUUUUGUCUAUGAGUGUGCCCGAGUGAGAUGGACAAGUAGAGUUUGUGUGAAAGCACACAGAAGAGAUAUAACAUUCGCCUGUAAUGACAGAGAACUGUUUAUGGAUUUCUUUGGAAAGAACCGCUGCGAUAUUUUCAGUUACGCCAUGAGACAUACCUGUCGUGCUCUCGGAGUUAAGUGCAUGCCAAGGGGUUGCUCUUCCAUUUCAGAUGAAGCCAGCAAAUGACACGAGUAAAUAACUUGCUCUACGGACAGCUCUUUUUAAAAGUCACACUCAGUCAGCUUCGAUCUCUCCUUCUGCACGCAAGACUUAAAAUGCAAGAUGGGGCAGUACGGCGAGCCCGGAAGGUGGAGGGCGGCAUCUUUUUUCCGAAGCCGGAGAAUGCCGUGACCAUCGCUGUGUCAUCGCGGGUGCUCUUCCGGACAGAGACAGAACAGAAGGUGUUUGAGGAAAGGGGGGUUGAGGAAUACCUCAAAUACCAAGUGGAGCACGAGAAUGAGCCCUUUGCCCCUGGACCUGCCUUCCCUUUCGUCAAGGCCUUGGAGACUGUGAACUCGCAACUUCGGGAGCUUUACCCGGACAGCGAAGAGCUCUUCGACAUUGUGCUUGUGACCUACAAUCAUGCUCAUGUGGGAGUGAGGCUAAUCAACACCAUCAAUUACCACAACUUGUUCAUUGAGCGCUUCUGCAUGACCGGCGGCAGCAGUCCCAUUGGCUACUUGAAGGCCUACCACACCAACCUGUACUUGUCUGCAGAUGCGGAGAAGGUUCGGGAGGCGCUGGCUGAAGGCAUCGCAGCGGCCACCAUGUUCACUCCGGAGAAACUGAUCGAAGUGUCGGACACGCAGCUGCGCGUGGCCUUCGACGGGGACGCCGUGCUCUUCUCCGACGAGUCGGAGCGCAUUUUCAAGACGCACGGCCUGGACAAGUUCUUUGAGCACGAGAAGGAACACGAGAACAAACUUCUGGACCACGGGCCACUCAAGGGCUUCCUGGAGGCCCUGGGAAAGCUCCAGAAGAAGUUCUAUGAAAAGGGCCAUCGCCUGGACUGCCCCAUCCGCACCUACCUGGUGACGGCCCGCAGCGCUGCCAGCUCGGGCAUCCGCGCCCUCAAGACGCUGCGAGCUUGGGGUCUGGAGACGGACGAGGCGCUCUUCUUAGCCGGGGCCCCCAAGGGCCCCAUGCUGGAGAAGAUCCGGCCCCAUAUCUACUUCGAUGACCAGAUGUUCCAUGUGGAGGGGGCUGCCGAGAUGGGCACCAUCGCUGCCCACGUGCCCUACGGAAUAGCCCAGAAACACCCCCAUAAGAAGGACUCCAGCAAGAGCAAGUAGCCUGGGGAAAGGCCCCGGGCGAGAACCCACAACCCCCCGGUCCCCAGGUUGGGAGACUCAGGACGACACUUCCGGUCACAUCUUUGGUCACCGCUAUUUUAUUAUUUCCCUAAACGGCACCUUGUUCGAGGAGGAUCACGAGAAGGACCCCAGGAGGAACUUUGAUGUGUGUAUCUUCAAGGGAUCGGGAACACACAGCGACUCUCUGUGCCUCCCUUUGUCACGGAAACACACACACGCAAGGGUGCAGUAUGGAUUCGUUACCCCUGGACACACGUGUGGUCGCUCCCCCGUGUGCUCGUCUCCUCCUCAAUACCUCCUCUGCACCUCCAGGAAUUCAGGAAUGAAGGGAAGGUUCACGCACCGUGCAAUAGAUUUCUGCAUAAAAAAUGUCUGAUUUACAGCAUCUUCUUUUGUACAUUAUACUGUGUCUGUAAUAUUUUUAACGGAUGAAGAUGGAGCGGCUGACAAAGUAUCGCAGACACGUCGCCAUCCAGGAACGAUCCAUAAUGCUCAAUCACACAGCGUCCUCACGAGGCAUUGAGGGCGCAACUAAUGAAACUACUAAAUGCUAAUUCACGAGCCCCCCCAGUUCAUCGGGUGCCUUACUGGUUCACACCAACAGUCGUGAUUUGUGCACGGCCACCGUCAUCGUGUCGAAUUCAUAAAACACAGCACUGUUGCAAUAAACCCAGGACUUCAGUGGAUAUUAUGUACAAAAGUAAAUAUGAAUGCAAUAAGAUAUAAUAUAAAUAUUCAAAGUAUAAUAUUUUGUGAAUUGACAUUAGGGUAAAGAGGGCGAAAGGGGUGAAACGAGUCGAGUUGAGUGGUCUUCUCAGUGUGUUCGGACCGCUGCUGCUGCGGUCGUCCUGGAGACGGGCUGUCAUCGCACCGAGGGUGUGAACAACAUCCUCUGUCUGUGACCGUGGGUGGGGAUGGGGGUGGGGGCGGGGGCUCGGAUUCUCGCACGACAGCAGUUUUACAGGCGUCCCCCGCUUCUCGUCCGGCCGAGGCUCCGGCUCACAGGACUGCCGCACACAAAUGUACCAUUGCUCUUAUUGUAAUAAAUAUAUAAUAAUUUAAGAAUAAUUAUUUGUCCACACGAUCGUUUUUUUGUAGUCGGUUUUACGAAGUGCCUCGGACGUGUUAUUUUAAGGCCGUGCCCUGCGCGUGGCGGCAGAGACACGGUGUCCCGAUUAUUUCGGGAGGUGCGAAACCGUCAGUUCCUGUGUUACGCAACGCAACGCAGGCCAUCGAUCGCCCCCCUUGGACCCUGACGUCUGCACCGGAACGUGGGCCGCAACCUACU